UGUUGUCCGUUGCGCACAGCUUCUGCAGCAGUUCCGAUAAAAGGCGUUCCCUCUAAAACCUCAAGCCAAGGGCUUUUGCACCUUUUGGGGAGAAGGAAAGUUAAAUUCAACUUAAAAAUAAAAAUUGUUGUAUUGAGAAAUGGCUGCUGAGGAUACCCUGAAGACGUUUGAGGUGGAAGUGACUUGCUCCAUUUGCUUGGAGUAUUUCACCGACCCAGUGAUUCUAGACUGCGGGCACAAUUUCUGCCACCACUGUGUUUUCAAGUACUGGAAAGACUUUGUGCGUGAUCGGAGCUGCCCUGAGUGCAGAACGGUGGUCGAGCCCGACAGGAUCAUUACGAACAAGCCGCUGGAAAACUUGGCUGGAUUCCUCAGAGAUCGAGCAAAACAAGCAAAAGGAGGGGAGAGAACCUGCUACAGGCACCCAGAGCCACCCACAUCUUUCUGUAAGACUGACCAAGCCCUAGUCUGCUCAGCCUGUGCCGAAUCCGCAGAGCACAUGACUCACGACCUAAUUCCUAAGGAGCAAGCUGCCCAAGAGACCAAGGAUCGCGUAGUCAACUGCAUUAGUGCUCUAGAGAACCGGGAAGACACAAUUCUGCAGUGUAGAUCAGCUGCAGAAAAUCAAACUCAAACCCUGAUUUUUCCCUGCUCUCUUUCCAUCGGCUUAUUGAAGAAACUGUUGGACAAGUUGAUGCAAGAAACACAGUCCAAGUUCAACGAUCUGCGCCAGUUCCUGUUGUCCGAAGAGCACACUCUGGUUGGCAAGCUCAGAGACAUACUGAAGGAGAUUGUAACGAGGAGAGACAAUCACAUGACCAAGCUUUUUCGGGAAGUCUGCUCUUGCGAAAUCCUCAUCCGGGAGCUGGAGAAGAAGUGCAGCCAGUCAGAGAGUGAACUCCUGCAGGAUGCCGGGAGCAGCAUGGAGAAGUUCCACCAGGAAACACCAUUUCAGUGUGCGAGCCCUUUUUCGCCAAAGCAGCUGUGGGAAAUAUGGGACGUGACGGACGCAAACAUCUCUCUGGAGAGUGCCAUGAAGGAAUUCAAAGAUGCUCUGGAGUCUAGAUCCUCGCUUCAGGAAGCGAUCGUGGCCUUUGACCCAGAGACAGCGCAUCCCCGGCUCGUCUUGUCUGAGGACAGCAAAAGCGUGAGGCUGGGGGACAGACCUCAAGAGCUGCCCAAGAGCCGUAAGCGGUUUGAAGCCAACCUCUUCCUCCUGGGAUGCGAGGAGUUUGCCGUGGGCAGGAACUACUGGGAUGUCGCUGUGGGAAGCGAGGGCGAAUGGGCCGUGGGGGUGGCCAGGAAGUCCGUAAAGAGGAAGGACGUGGCUGCCAUAAGCUAUAAGGUUGGGAUCUGGGCAAUAGGGAAGCGGGGGAGCCAGUACGCCGUUUUCAACCCCCCCGACUUCCCUCCUCUGAGCUCUGUGCGGGAGCUCAAGAAAGUCCGAGUGUCUUUAAACUGCGACGGGAGGCACGUGGCCUUCUUUGAUGGCGAUGACGCGGCCCUGCUUUUCCAGACCCCAAUAACUACCGUCGCCAGAGAGUCCUUCCUCCCCUUCUUUCAUGUUUCCAAUAAAGCUGUUCUAACACUGCCCCGCUAAGGCAGUCAGAACCUUCUUCCCAUUUAGGGCUUUGGCCACUUAGGACAUUAAUUCUGCUGUCAAGUCUUGCUGCGCAUCUCAGUGGUUGAUGGAGUGCAGGACACGAGCAACUCACUUUCGGGUAUUCCUGAUCUAGGCUAGACACACACACACACACACACACACACACACACACAAACUAGGGUCUCCCAUCUGUUUUUGGACUACA